AUGGCGCCCCCAGGCUCAUCCCACGAAAAAGACGCCCGAUGGACAGCAGUAGAUACCUACUCGUUCUCUCACCUACAUCCGUCUACCGAAACAUCGCCCUCUCCAUCAUCUCUUCAACAAGCCCUCGAUGCUUCUCAAAAAGCCGGUUUACCUGACAUCGCUGUCUCACCCUCCCAAGGCAAAUACCUCCAGCUCACCGCCCGCCUCGCACGUGCAAAGAACAUCCUCGAAGUAGGCACGUUGGGUGGGUACAGUACCAUCUGGCUUGCGACAUCUAGUCCGGGCGUCCAAGUAACGUCGCUAGAAAUUGAUAGUCACCACGCCGACGUUGCACGAGCGAAUAUAAAAAAUGCCGGGUUGGAAGACAAGGUCGAGGUCAAACUCGGGGCUGGUAUGGAUGUCCUGCCACAACUUGUACAGGAAGUCAAGGAGGGGAAGAGGGCGCAGUUCGAUCUCGUCUUCAUCGAUGCGGAUAAGGAGAAUAACUGGAAUUAUGUGGACUUGGCGCUGCAUAUGUGCGUUUCAGGUGCAUGUGUCAUCGUGGAUAAUGUGGUGAGGAAAGGUCAAUUGGCGGAGGAGACGGAUGAUCCAAGGGUUGCGGGUGCGAGGAGGGUAGUGGAGAACGUGGGCAAGGAUGAGAGAUUGGACGGUGUGGUAUUGCAGACGGUUGGCGAGAAAUCUUAUGACGGCUUCUUGUUUGCUGUUGUGAAAUGA